AUGGUAGUAGGAAAAGGUGGGAUUUACCCUUUAGGAUUACCCCUCCCCAUCCCAGCUCCUCUCCCUAGUUCUUUUUAUUAUCACUCUCUUUUAUGCUCCCUCCCACUGUUAUCUCAGAAUUUCUUCAAACUAUGGAAUUUAAAUCCUAUUUUUGCUAUUCCUGAUAUCUCUCUCCAUUCCUCCUCCUGUUUGUUCUUCCUUGCCUCUGUCUCCUCUUCCCCAUUUUCUCUCCUCUGCCUUUUCCUCCUUUUUGUCUUUCUCCUCUCCUCUGCCUUUUCCUCCUUUUUGUCUUUCUCCUCUCCUCUGCCUUUUCCUCCUUUUUGUCUUUCUCCUCUCCUCUGCCUUUUCCUCCUUUUUGUCUUUCUCCUCUCCUCUGCCUUUUCCUCCUUUUUGUCUUUCUCCUCUCUCUGCCUUUUCCUCCUUUUUUGUCUUUCUCCUCUCCUCUGCCUUUUCCUCCUUUUUCUUUUUUCUCCUCUCCUCUGCCUUUUCCUCCUUUUUGUCUUUCUCCUCUCCUCCCUUUUCCUCCUUUUUGUCUUUCUCCUCUCCUCUGCCUUUUCCUCCUUUUUGUCUUUCUCCUCUCCUCUGCCUUUUCUUCCUUGCCUCUCUUUCUUUUUCCUGUUUCUUCUUCCUUGCCUUUCUCUCUCUCUCUCUCUCUCUCAUAUAUUUGACCUGUUUUUCCUCUUUUUCUUCUAUUCCUUUUAA